AUGUACAUAAUAAAAAGCAUUCGCGCUAAAACACAAAAGAAAGCAAAAAAAAUUUUUUCCUAUAAAAAUGAGGGCGAUUGUCAUCAAUUAAAAAAUAAAAAUUCUUUUUUUCUCCCUUGGAUUUUACAGCCCAAAACGGCGCGAGGCCAUAACGGCGUUUAGCCAUAAUUUGCUGGAAAAUUUCUGGCCCUUAUCAAUUCUGGUACCAAUCUCUUUAGCUCGAUGAGAGGAGUCGUUUGAUACUAAAUUUGAGCGGAUUUGGAAAUCUUGAAGCAAGUUAUGGCUAAACGCCGUUAUGGCCGCGCGCCGUUUUGGGCGUGUCCCUUGGAUUUUUAUUUUUUAAAAAAAGCUGGAAAGACGCCCGCCCUUUUUUAAAUGUCUAUGCUCUUUAAAAUUUUUUUUCUUCUUCCUCUAUUUAAUCCAAUCCAUUUGCUUUUUUAAGAAGCAUUUUUUAAAAACUUUCUUCUUCAUUUUGAAAAAAUUUUGUUUCCUUGUAGGAGGAUGACAAGGAUUAAAAAUUAAAUUUUUUUCUCAGACUCAAGUGUCACCUACUUUUACUUCCUCCUUUUAUUAAAUCCCUUUCCAAAAUUCAGCCGACCUUUUCUAUAAGAAAUUCAGCCGAUCCUUGCUACCACCCUCCACCAAGACUCAAAAGUGCCCCUUUCUUUAAAUAGACCCGGAAGGUACAUUGCGGCACGGGACUGAUCCCGUCCCGGAAUCCCGGGUUUUAAGCGACGAACGGGAUUACCGGGAUUAAUCCCGCGGGAUCCCGUCCCGUACGAAGUGCUGGAAAAAUCCCAUCACGGGAUUCCGGAAAUGCGAUUUUGCCUCACUCUACCGAAAGGAUUCUUUAAAAACUCCCUCUAAACUCUAGUGUCCUCUACUCUCAAAAACCUUAUUUCCCCUCAUUUCCCCCAUUUUUCCUGCAUUUUUUUUGUCAAAAACCUAUUCAAAAAUACUUCAAAAAUAUUCAAAAAUAUUAAACAAAAAAUGUUUCCAUUUGCACUUUUUCCUCAAAAAAAAAAAUAAUAAACAAAUAGAGGACCAAAAAUGAGGUUUAUUAAAAAAAAGUGUUUGUUACUCCCCAUCUUGUAAAUAAGAAAAAAAUGUGACUGGUUGUGACAACACAUGAGGACAAGAAAAAACAGAAAAAAAUUAAUGAUUUUAUUUUGUGCACACGAGACUUGUUUUAUUUUUAUUUAUUUAUUUUUUCUUUUUUUUGAAGGGAAAAAAUAGGGGAAGGAUUCUGAUUUUUUCUUAUUUUUCCUGGUUUAUUUUUAAUUUUUUUCCCUAUUUUCCCCCUCUAAACUUGUUUUUACAACAUUUAUUUUUGCUCUUUUUUUACCCUAUAAGUCUGGGAACUCGCCGCAUAUAUUGAUUACCUCUCUGGGACUCUAAUGGUCCUUUUAGGAUUCUAUUUGUAAGCCAUUAUAUGUAGUCCUAUUUUGGUUUGGGUGCCAUUACAGUCUUGGAACGUGCCAUAAAAUUUAUCAACUUACCUGACUCUAAUGGUCCUUUUAGGACUAUUUGCAAGCCAUCAGAGUCUGGGAAAGAACCAUGUAACUGUUCAACUUCUUUGGACUCUAAUGGUCCUUUAGGUUGUCACUUGUAAGCCAUUAGAGUACUAUCAUCUGCAAGCCACUAGAGUCCUAUUGUUGGUCUGGGUGCCAGUAGAGUCGGGGGAAGGAGCCAUGAAAUUGUUCAGCUUCCUUGGGCUCUAAUGGUCCCCUUAGGAUUUAUUUGUAGGCCAUUAGAGUACUAUCUCAUCCAAGUCACUAGAGUCCUAUUUUUGGUUUGGGUGCCAUUAAAGUCUGCAAAAUAAUUACUGAAAUUGAUCAACUUUCUGGGACUCUAAUGGUCCUUUUCAUACCUCUAUUUGAAAUGGACUAAAGUGGAAUCUCUCUAUUAGUCGCCCCUCUGGCCAAAUUUUGAUCUUAUCUUAAAGAAAAGUGAUGUGUGAGGGAGACAAUUUUAGAGUCUUCCACGGUUUCUUAAUGACUCUAAUGCUCCUUCCUGGGUAAUAUAUUUUUUUCUCAGACUCUAUUGGCCAUCUAUUUCGAUUUUUUGGGUUACCUUCUAUUCUAUGACUGUUCUUUUGGGAUAGCCUUUUUACAAAGAAAAUUGAGCGGAAAGUUGGGGCAAUCCUCUAAAUAAAGCUGCGACUCAAAUAUCCUCAUUGCUAAAAAUUGAGCAGUCAAGCAAAUAAACACGUAGAAAUAAAGAAAAAUAAAAAGAGAGGAAAAAUAUUCU